AUGGCAGAUUCCACAACAAUUCAACGUGUGGAAGACUUGGUGGCCCAGGCACGAGCAUGCAUCGAGCAACGCCAACUCUCAAAAGCAACCCAGCUAGCCAAGGAAGCAGCAUCUCUAGCACCCACAAACCAAAACGUUCAAGCCUUGGUUCAAUCUCUAUCGAAUCAAGACUCGAAUGGAAGUCAAAUUCUCACUCUGGUCAAAAACUACGUGGAACGCGGAGAAACAAAAGAUGCUCAAGAAGCUGUCGACCUCCUGAAGCAACAUACAGCCAUACCAACGGACCACAUUAACGAUGUCGCUCACUUACUGUUCGAUCACGAAGGAAAGCCUACAGAGAUUAGAGACCAACUGACUGGAGCCUUCGUCAUCAAUUCCGCCGCAGCACGCAGACAACUUGCCAGCAGAAUACAGGUUGGCACAGAAGCGACCCGAUACUUUCGUCUACUCUGGAAGCGCGGCGAGCACAGCUUUAACAGUAUCUUACCGGUUCUCUUGGACGCGGACGCAUGGCCCAAUGCAGAAGUCCAAACACAGGCCAAGCGUGACGCUUUCCUGCUUGCUCUGGGCAAACUUCUGGAUCCAGCUUUGGAGCAUGGCGAGUGGAGCAUGACAUUGAUCGCCAGGUUACUCACUAGCAAUGCGCAUGAUAUGGCUGGACUCAUCGACCGCGACACCUUUGAGAUUGUGCUUGCACAGCUGGAUAUUCGUCUCGAUGCUAGAAUCAGGGCACAGGCGACCUUGGCCGUUGCGAAGUUGCUCGAGGAAACGCGCGAGGAGGGUGAAGCUACAUUCACGGAUUAUGUUACCAGUACUGUGUCCAAAGGUCACAAUGAUGAGCUGAUUGUGGCUUUCUCAGUAGCAGCUUCGGUGUUUCCAUUGGUGCCAAAGACUGUGGCUAAGCUGUUCCUCACUCCUGGAUUUCUGGAAGGUUUGGUACCUGUUCUGGAGAGGAACUCCAUGGGACAGAGAAAAUCACAUCGUCUCGAGCAGGCAGCCAUGGAGUUGAUGAGUGCAGCAUGUGUAGACAAGGCAUGUAGAGAGAGCAUCGCUAAGAUUGCGUAUGACUGGCUUGACGAUGUAGCACACACCAGCACGGAAGCGGAAGCCGCGAGUAUGGCUGCAUUGGUGCUUGCGAAGAUUCCACCAAAGCCCGAGUCCGAGGGUUCGUCGGUAACACAUGCAGACGACCUCUCGUCCCUUCUCGUGAACCUCACAUUGAAUGCCAGUAGCCCUGCAGAGCAACAGAGUUCGAUAGAGGGUCUCGCAUACACUUCGCUCCAACCGAAGAUCAAAGCCGAAAUUGUGUCGAAUACUGCUCUACUCAACAAGCUCGUCGAACGACUCAGAUCCACAACAACAGCCGACCCAUGUACCUUUGGCAUUCUGACAAUCUUCUCUAAUCUAGUCUCGUACCGUCCAGCACAAAGCGAAGAGCAGCAGAAGAUGUCCCAACUAAAGAACUACGCCGAAGCCAAAAAGCCCGAUGAGAAAGACUCUCUAGACGACGAUGAGCACGUGACAGCACGCUGCAAGACAGUGCUAGAUGCUGAUCUCGUGCCCGUCCUCGUAGCAGCGGCUAGAAGCCACUACACAGUAACCAUCCUCGGCAUAUCAUCGAAAAUCUUGCACGCCCUCGCACGCGAGCAGAAGCACCGCGGUAAGCUCGCUCAACAAGGUGCCGUCAAACUGCUUCUCCAAACCAUCGAUCGCCUCCAAACACCCACUGGACCUUCCUCAUCUUCCAACUCCGCAGAAGCGACCAUUCAUCUAGCAGCACACGCACUAGCCCGCAUCCUCAUAUCGGUGAACCCUCACCACGUCUUCAGCAGAGCAAUGCCCGCGAUCUCCGCCCUACGACCCUUGACUCUGCUGCUCACCCCCGACACCAGCGCAGAAACUAGAGAUCUCCUACCCGUCUUCGAAUCCCUACUGGCUCUCACAAACCUCGCCUCCCUAGACGACGAAAGCGUCAAAGACGCACUCCUCCGCAACGCCUGGGAUCCCACUCAAGACCUGCUUCUCUCCACAAACAAACUAGUGCAACGCGCUUCUGUAGAGCUCGUCUGCAAUCUCAUGGCUUCUCCCGCCGGCGUCGCAAAGUACGCUGAUGGCUCACCGGCGGCAAGUCAACGCUUACACGUCCUUCUCGCGCUCGCAGAUGCCGAAGACCACGCUACUCGAUGCGCGGCAGGCGGUGCAUUGGCUAUGCUGACCGAAUGGGAUCAAGCUGCCAAAGCAGUGCUUGAACAUCAACGUGGCGUACGCAUUCUCUUGGAUCUAUGCACUGAUGAUGCAGAUGAUGUCAAACAUCGGGGUUUGGUGUGUAUACUCAAUCUGGUGUCUGCACCUGGAGAUAUCGGUGAAAAGGGCUUGGAGAAGGUUGUGCAGGAAGAUGGAGUGGAGGAGAUCAAGAAGGGAUUGAGGGAGUGUAGGCAGCCGGAUGUCAUGGCUGUUGGUGUGGAGGUGCUCAAGGCCGUUAUGGCUAAAGAGGGGACGAAGGGGAAAGCUAUUACGCAGGGUUAG